UCCUCGAGGUUGCACCGUGAGCGCUUCGCCCGUACGAGAAAGCAAGAGCUUGCCCGGUUUCGCGAUCUGACAAGAAAACUUCGUGAGAAUACGUCAAGCAACGCAACUUCCUUGCAUGUGUAGCUAACGCUUGUUUCCGUUUUCCAAACGGGGGUGUACAUUUAUCCUCUUGUGCUUCUUUUCAUUUGUCGUGAAUGUUUCAGGUGUGCGAAGAUCGGAUUGUUUCCGAAUCAUUGCUAUUAAUAAUUGUCGAGUGUGCAUUCAAAUCAUAACAGCAAAAACAUCUCUAUGAGUAUGUGCUCCGCGGUGUGGUUGAACGCGGUAUCGCAAUUAUUUGAAUCCUUCAACAAUGCCAUUCAUGUCUCUUAAAUUCUCUCACAACUUUCCUCGUACUUUUUGAGGUUAUUGCUCAGUGUAACCUACCGUGGCGAUUAUUAAAAACCCGUGUGUUCGAUGAAUUUUGUGUUCGUUGGUCGGCGUGCAUAUCUCGGAACUCUUUCGCAUUUCUGAGGGUGUGGUUCUGUUCAAUCUCUCUCAACUUUUGCAACAACUUACUUCUACAUUUUUACUUUGUUGAUAAUUAAAAAUUGUAUUCUUCUGUCUGUGUGUCAGUGCGGGCUGAGAGACUCCGCUGGUUCUCGAGCCCAAGUGUAGUGUUGAAUUUCCCGGAAUGUAACCUGGAUAUGAUUUUGCCCGAGAUGAAGGAGCAAGAAAAAUAGCCGCGUCAUGGACGAGAGUGAGGAAGGGAAAAAUUCUGACGACAGCGGAGGAAUCGGGUUUCCUGGAUCUCGGAAAGAUCCGACUCGCGCGCGAAUGACUCUCUUUCGCGCCAUCGCCACUCGCGGCUGAUCGGGCCCGGUCAAUCAGUCCUGAUUCCCGCCAUGUAGGUCGGCACCGACGCCAAACCAGUGCUGUCGAACCCGAUGUAUUCUUUCCCGUUUCGUCGUCGCUUUUCCUUUUCCUCGUUUCUUUCCGAUUUAUUUUCUCCGUUUUUCGUUUGAGCCGCGGCCGUUGACUCAUGCUCUGAUGGGAGAUACCGAUCGGAAUUUCCGUUGGAUCAGCUUUCUUCUCUGCAGUCUCUCACACCUCUCUUGCCUCCAUUUUUCAUCAGGAUACGUUUUGGAACCGGCGCUGCACAUGAGCCACAACUACUGGGAGAGCACGUUCUCGCAGCCGUACUUCGACAACUCGACCCGGAGAGAGAUGACCACGACCGUCGGCCAAACCGCAUACCUCCACUGCAGAGUGCGCAACCUGGGAGACCGAGCUGUUUCCUGGAUUCGAAAGCGGGAUCUGCAUAUUUUAACCGUAGGGAUCUUGACGUACACAAACGAUCAACGGUUUCAAGCCCUGCAUGCCGAGGGCACCGACGAGUGGACGCUCAAAGUGGGCUCCCCGCAGAUCAGGGACUCCGGCACCUACGAGUGCCAAGUCAGCACCGAGCCAAAAAUUAGCCAGUCUUUCAAACUCAACGUUGUCGUCUCGAAGGCGCAGAUCUGGGGGAACCCGGAGAUCCACAUCCGGAGCGGGAGCGACAUCAACCUGACGUGCGAGGUGAUGGAGACGCCGGACCCGCCUUCGUUCAUCUACUGGUACCGCGGCGGGACGGUCAUCAACUACUCGCAGCGCGGCGGCAUCAGCGUCGUCACCGAGAAGCAGACGCGCACCUCCAAGCUCAUGAUCUCCCGCGCCCUCCCCGCCGACUCCGGCAACUACACCUGCUCCCCCUCCAGCUCCGACUCGGCCAGCGUCUUCGUUCACGUCCUCAAUGGUGAACACCCAGCUGCGAUGCAGCACGAAAACAGCAACGGGGCUGCCGUGACGCGGUUUCUUCCGCUCCUGCUCAUAGCUUCAUGCCACACGAUGCAGCUCAUUAGUGAUAUCUUCGAUUUAGUUUUCAAAUUGACGCACUUAUUCAGGUGACUGACGCAUCCACCGCCUACCGACGCCACCACCCUUCACUGAUUCUCCCCCUUGUCCUCAUUCCUUUAGGCUCGUAUGCAUAGUCAUACGGACUGCAUUUUGCAAUUUGUAACUAUAAAUUGGAUUGCAUUUUGCAAAAAAGGACCACUAGCAUUGCAAUGAUGCCAAGA